AUGCCUUCGCCGUCCACCCACGCUUCUCCCUUUAUCGCCCCGCGGCCCUUCCGCCCUCACGUCACCGAGUACUCCCUCACGCAAGAGACCGCUCCGAAUCCCAAGAGUAUACCCUUACCGUCGAUGGCAUAUGCCGGGGACAGAGGCAGCGACGGCAAUCGCAUUGAUGCCGAUGCCUAUACCACUCCGAAUGGCGCCACGACUCCGGCAUUGCCGCCAUCCAUAAUAUCUCCCGCCCUCUCGCCCUCGUCUACUCCGAUCUCUGCCCCGGACGGCACCAGCACCAGUCCCGACACGGGCAGCGUCUAUCCUGCCAUUCUAACACCACGAACUGGCUCAGCGGAUCAGCGCACACAUUCCAAGCCUCCCCGGUUACUCCCGCGUCUACCGAAGGUAGAAUGUAUUGUUCGUGCCCGUAUACCGACCACCUCCGGCGCAGAGAUGUUUCUGCACCUGUACCAGAACGACGUUGAUAACAAGGAACAUCUUGCCAUUGUGUUUGGCAAUUCAAUCCGCAGCCGCAGUUUGGAUAGAGUGCGAGAUGGCGAGACAGAGAUGGACCGGAUGAUCAGAGGUGCAUACGUAGGCAGGCUACGGCCCGGCCGCCAGAGCAGUCGAUACGACGAGGCUACCCCGUCGUCCAUAGAUACACGGCGUCCCUCACAGGCUCCGCUCGUCAGGAUACACUCGGAGUGCUACACCGGCGAAACAGCAUGGUCUGCUCGGUGUGAUUGUGGCGAGCAACUAGACGAGGCUGCACGUCUCAUGUCAGAGCCCACGCCUGCCCCUGCACCUGCGACAGGUGAAGAUACAAACGCCGCCGAACCCGGGGGUGUGAUUGUCUAUCUGCGUCAGGAAGGGCGUGGCAUUGGCCUCGGAGAGAAGCUCAAGGCAUAUAACUUGCAAGAUCUCGGUUCGGACACCGUCGAAGCCAAUCUGCUGCUUCGCCAUCCUGCCGAUGCGCGCAGUUAUGGCCUAGCAACUGCUAUCCUGGUUGAUCUGGGGCUGGGACAGGACUCGUCCAACGGCGGUAUACGGCUGUUGACAAAUAAUCCGGACAAAGUGGCCGCUAUAGAGGGCCCGAAUAGAGAAGUGGUUGUUCAGGAGAGAGUGCCGAUGGUACCGCUUGCAUGGAAAACAGGCGGUGCCAAAGGGAUUAAAAGCGUUGAGAUCGAGGGAUAUCUUCGGACCAAGAUUGGGAAGAUGGGCCACAUGCUCGAAUAG